AUGUCCCUUCUUCGAGUCGGUCAGGUUCUCCGAGGGAAAUUGGGCCAAUACAUCGUCACAAAACAGAUUCAAGAGACAGUAUGGUUUGCCAAGAACCAGAUUAAAGACACAGUUGUUGUCAAAGGUGUUGAAGACCAUCCACGAGUCGCGAAUGAGCGCGAUGUUUUGAAACGUUUCCAGAACCGAACUCCCUGUCUGAGGCCUUUGAUUGAUGAAAUCCACGAUCCAUCUAGACCGGAAAUCAUUGUUCUGAGACAUCUAGACGACCAUCUUCUAAACUCCUCGAUGACAAAGCCCCUUAGUCGAGCUGAGCUGAAGUAUGUAGCUAAGCAUGUCCUAGAAGCACUAAAUGUUCUUCAUGAAAAUGGCUACGUACAUACAGAUGUAAAGCCCGAUAAUGUCUUUGUGAACUAUCAAGAAGGAGAGAUUCGGUUCUCUCAAGUCCAACUUGGGGAUCUAGGAAGCACUUGUCCUUCUUCUAGUGAGAUUGCCACACAGGGCAUACCAAUUGGUGCGCCAAUUUGGACAAGCCCUGAAGUGAUUAUGGAGACUCCGUGGAACACAGCGUCAGACAUUUGGUCCUUUGGCUCUAUGCUUAUCAGUCUUAUUUACGGCGGUAACUUCAACCUGUUCCGUCCCCGAACGGUUCCAUAUGGCCACGAAGAGUAUAACCUAGAAGUUUUGAAACAGCAAUUCCGCUACUUCGGACCCUUCCCUAUCAAAUAUGCAGAAAUUAUAGGUCCGGAAACAGCUGCUGCAAUCGCAUACAUAAUGCAUGAGAUUCCAAGAGCCCAGCUAACGCCGUUUUCAUGCACAACCGAGCGCGAAGUUUCCAGGGCAGAUAAGGAAUUUAUCUGUAAGAUUAUGAUGAUGGAUUGGAGAGACAGACCGACUGCAAAGCAGCUUCUCAAGGAUGACUGGUUUCAAGAGGAACGUUAA